CGCGCCCCCGCGGGCCGGGGGCCGGGGCGGGGGGGUGGGGGGCGAGUGAGCGAGCGAGCGCGGCCGCCGAGGAUGGCGGCGGAGCGGGGGCCCGGCCGCUCCGCUCCCCGCUCCGCUCCCGGCCCGACGGCGGCUCCCGGCUCCUGCCCUGCCCGGGCGGGACCCUGCGCCUCGCCGCCCCGCGGAGCCCCGGCCUUGCCCGCCCGCCGGCGGCCGAUGCCGACGCACCGCUGCCCGGGAACGCGCCCGCAGCGGGCGGCGCUCGGGGAGCGCGGGGGCCGCGGCCCGGCUGCACGGCGGACGGGGGCCGAGCCUGGCGCGGGUCCGGCCGCCGGGAUCGAGACCGGCGGGCGCCCCUCGGGCGGCCUCACGGCCGGCGACCCGCGGCGCGUACCGGGCGCUCCCCUGAACGGCUCUGCAGCCCGCGGCUCCGACCGAGCCCGCGGCGGCGGCGCCCGCCGCGCGGUGCCUCCCCGCCGACGGCCCUCUGCCCCGGGCCGCCGCCGCCGCCGCGCCCAGCGGGCCAGGCCGUCGUGCGGGGCAGUCGGUCUGCCCGGCCCCGCCGGCCCGGGAGCCUCGGCGGAGCGGCCCCCUGCCCGGGAAGAGCCGCCGCCGGGUGCGCUCGGCGAUGACUGA